AUGAGGGUUGAUCCAAAGGUCAUGGUUGUCACUAGCAUAAAUCCCAAGAUUGUCAGAGGUCGUCUGUUUCUUAACGCUACGUCUGGAACACACGUGUAUUUUGAUAAGAAGACUGAAGCAGGAGCUGCUCUAUUCUACAGGCUGGUCGCCAGAGAUACUGGUCUGCCGUCGGCCGCUCCACUGCUAAAGUCAUAUGCGAAGGUGGAAACUAUGACCAUCGCUGACCUCAGCAGUUUCAUCGUUUCUGCUGCAUCUCAGGAGAUUGAUUUUCUGUGCACUGGGAGGGUUGUCCGGAUUGACACAGAUAAGGGGUGGUGUUAUGUUGCUUGCUCGAAAUGCAGUAAAAAAUUGCAGCGGACUGAGUCUGCAUUCACGUGUGGAGUAUGCAACAAUCCACAAGCUGUUGGAGCCCUACGCUAUCGUGUGGAGAUGGCAAUAUCUGAUGAUACUGCGGAAGGAAUAUUCGUAUGGUUCGAUGGUGUAUUAACGAAGCUGCAUAGUAUCCGAGCAAGCGAGGCUGCACAAAUGGUUAUAUGGGCCCUUUAA